GCCGCGAGUCGGAUCUCUGUGGAGGUGCCAUAGGCGAUAUCCCUGAGCUGAGAGCUUCACCCUGUCCCCCCUCCCCCGAAUCCUCCUUUUUCUCUGUUUUAUUUUUCAUUUCCCUUUCCCUUUCCCCCCAGUCCACGACGACUGGCUCUUGACCCUGUUCAGGCCUCGGUGAAGGUGAGGACCAGAGCCGCCCUGGCGGCUGAGUCGUGCGCUCUGAAAUGGCCGCUGCCUUGAGCUGUCUAAAAUGGCGGCCGCAAGCUCAGCUGGGGAUCGCGGCGCUGCUCUGCAGCCAAGCCGCAGCGAAGACCGUUCUCUCCAUCAUCGAUGGAGAUGAAGUAGAAAGAUAGUGUUGGGUCCUGCGACGCGUUCCUGUGGUGGUUAUCUGAGGCGACUGCUCGGGGACGCGAGAGAAGAGUUCCGAGGCGAGGGUGGGCUCCGACGGGAAGCAAGUCCGGACGUGGUGGUCUGCGGGCAGCGCGCACCUGGGACCAGGAUAAGCUGAGGAAUAGCUGGCCCGGGCCGCACUUCCAGGUGACCGCUGGAAAAGGUGCUGGAAGCGGUGUCCAGACCCGCCCAGGGUCCUAACUGCCUUUCUGCCUAGGCUUUCUGACUGGACCUCACUCUGACCCAGCCCCCCUGCCCCGGGAGGUAGUGUUGGAAGCAGGAACCGCCUGAGGGUAGAGGUGAAAAGGUUGUGCUAACUGUCAGUUUAACCAGAACUGCGAAAAGCUCAAGGUUCCCCUCCUCUUGGGAAUAGGAUACAACUUUACUCCCUAGGGAGUCCAGACUUUUGUCCACGACAGAUUCGGGGCUUUUGGUUUCUCCCCUUCCAUUCAUCCCUUAAUUUUAUUCUUUUGAAGAGUCUGCAUUUCCAGCUGCCAAGGUGGAGAGUGUGCCUGCAAAAGGGAUUACUUUUCAUUUCAGAAAAGGUGUGCCAAACCUGAGAGCACCAGGAAGUCGUAUGCGAGAUCACCUGAUACAUGAACGUGUGAUGUUCCAUCUGCGCAUUGGUGGAUAGGCAGCUUUUACAAAUUAACUGAUGGCUUGCUAUAUAUCAUCUCUGACGAUUGCUCGUCAUCUUACCUGUUUUAUAAUUUCAACGCUAUUGUGAUAUUUGAUGUUUAUUCUAAAUUAGCCAUGUUUUGUACCACAAACACUUUGCCUAUGGAUCUGUUGCUGAAACAAGGAAGCCUUAAACAAGAAGUAGAAUCUUUUUGUUACCAAAUUGUGUCUGAAUCAAAUGAUCAAAAGGUUGGAAUAUUGCAAAGUGAAGAUGAACAGUUGCCUUCAGUUUCUAAGAAAUGUGAAGGUGAGCUUUCCAGGGUCAAGUUUAUGUCCAAUUCCAAUAAAAUAACAACAUUUAGUAAGAAACCAAAAAGAAGAAAAUAUGAUGAAAGUUAUUUGUCUUUUGGAUUUACUUACUUUGGCAAUAGAGAUGCACCUCAUGCUCAGUGUGUGUUAUGUAAGAAAAUUUUAUCAAAUAGUUCUUUGGCCCCUAGUAAGCUUCGAAGACAUUUAGAAACUAAACAUGCUGCAUAUAAAGACAAAGACAUAAGCUUUUUCAAGCAACAUCUUGAUUCACCUGAAAAUAAUAAACCUCCAACACCUAAAAUUGUUAAUACAGAUAAUGAAAGUGCUACAGAGGCUUCAUACAAUGUAAGCUACCAUAUAGCCCUGAGUGGAGAGGCUCAUACCAUUGGAGAAUUGCUUAUCAAACCUUGUGCAAAGGAUGUUGUGAUGCGGAUGUUUGAUGAACAAUAUAGUAAAAAAAUAGAUGCAGUACAACUGUCAAACAGCACUGUUGCACGUCGAAUUAAGGAUUUAGCUGCUGACAUUGAAGAAGAACUUGUUUGUAGACUGAAAAUUUGUGAUGGGUUUUCACUACAACUAGAUGAAUCAGCUGAUGUUUCAGGACUUGCUGUGCUGCUUGUGUUUGUUCGUUACAGGUUUAAUAAGUCUAUUGAGGAAGACUUACUCCUCUGUGAAUCUUUACAAAGUAAUGCCACUGGUGAAGAAAUUUUCAGCUGCAUCAACAAUUUUAUGCAAAAACAUGAAAUUGAGUGGGGAAAAUGUGUUAAUGUUUGUAGUGAUGCUUCUAGGGCAGUGGAUGGGAAGAUUGCUGAGGCUGUCUCCUUGAUAAAAUAUGUGGCUCCUGAAAGCACCAGUAGUCACUGCCUCUUGUAUAGACAUGCACUAGCAAUUAAAAUAAUGCCUACAUCUCUGAAAAAUGUCCUAGAUCAGGCAGUACAAAUCAUCAAUUAUAUUAAAGCUAGACCUCAUCAAUCCAGACUGCUAAAAAUUUUAUGUGAAGAAAUGGGGGCUCAGCACACAGCACUUCUUCUGAAUACAGAGGUGAGGUGGCUUUCCCGAGGUAAAGUUCUUGUAAGACUUUUUGAGCUUCGCCGUGAACUAUUGGUUUUCAUGGAUUCUGCUUUCCGAUUAUCUGAUUGUUUAACAAAUUCAUCUUGGCUGCUAAGACUUGCAUAUCUUGCAGAUAUAUUUACUAAGUUAAAUGAGGUUAAUCUGUCAAUGCAAGGAAAAAAUGUGACUGUUUUUACAGUAUUUGAUAAAAUGUCAUCAUUAUUUAGAAAACUGGAGUUUUGGGCCUCAUCUGUAGAAGAAGAAAAUUUUGAUUGUUUCCCUACACUCAGUGACUUUUUGACUGAGAUUAAUUCUACAGUUGAUAAAGAUAUUUGCAAUGCCAUUGUGCAGCACUUAAGGGGUUUGCGCUCUUCUCUGUUAAAAUACUUUCCUGUAACAAAUGACAAUAAUGCCUGGGUUAGAAACCCAUUUACUGUAACUGUUAAACCAGCCUCUUUAGUAGCAAGGGACUAUGAAAGCCUGAUUGAUUUAACAUCUGAUUCUCAAGUGAAACAAAAUUUCAGUGAACUUUCACUAAAUGAUUUUUGGAGUAGCCUAAUUCAAGAGUACCCAAGCAUAGCAAGGCGAGCAGUUAGUAUACUUCUACCUUUUGCUACAAUGCACCUGUGUGAAACAGGAUUUUCAUAUUAUGCUGCAACAAAAACAAAGUACAGGAAAAGACUUGACGCUGCACCUCAUAUGCGGAUCCGACUUAGCAAUAUUACACCUAAUAUUAAGCGGAUAUGUGAUAAAAAGACACAAAAACACUGUUCUCAUUAAAAUUAAAGGGUUUUGCAUGUCUCAAGAACCAAAUAAUCUUAAAGUAAAAAUAAAAAAUGGUUUACUUCA